CACUCGCGCACGCUCACCCCGACUGCGUUCCACAGACAAAAGAAGAUCAGUGGACUCUCGCCAUGAACGGCACUGAAGGACCCAACUUUUACGUCCCCAUGUCCAACAGGAGCGGGGUGGUCCGCAGCCCCUUCGAGUACCCUCAGUACUACCUGGCCGAGCCCUGGAAGUACUCUCUGGUGGCUGCGUACAUGCUCUUCCUCAUUGUCACCACGUUCCCCAUCAACUUUCUGACGCUCUACGUGACGGUCAAGCACAAGAAACUGAGGACGCCCCUCAACUACGUCCUGCUCAACCUGGCGGUGGCCGACCUCUUCAUGGUGGUGGGGGGCUUCACCGUCACCCUCUACACGGCCCUGCACGGAUACUUCAGCUUGGGCGUCGCCGGCUGCAACAUCGAAGGGUUCUUCGCCACUUUAGGAGGAGAGGUGGCUCUGUGGUCUCUGGUGGUUUUGGCGAUCGAGCGCUACGUGGUGGUGUGCAAACCCAUGAGCAACUUCCGCUUUGAGGAGAAGCACGCCAUCUGUGGGCUGGGAUUCACGUGGAUCAUGGCUUUGACCUGCGCUGCGCCCCCCCUGCUCGGAUGGUCCCGGUACAUCCCCGAGGGCAUGCAGUGUUCCUGCGGCAUCGACUACUACACGCCCAAACCUGAGAUCAACAACGGCUCCUUUGUCAUCUACAUGUUCGUCCUGCAUUUCGUCAUCCCGCUCAUCAUCAUCUUCUUCUGCUAUAGCCGCCUGCUGUGCACCGUGAGAGCGGCGGCGGCCCAGCAGCAGGAGUCGGAAAGCACCCAACGGGCCGAGAAGGAGGUGACCCGCAUGGUCGUCGUCAUGGUGAUCUCCUUCCUGGUGUGCUGGGUGCCCUACGCCAGCGUGGCUUGGUACAUCUUUGCCAACCAAGGGAUCCAGUUUGGGCCGGUCUUCAUGACGGCGCCGGCGUUCUUCGCUAAGAGCGCCGCUCUUUACAACCCUGUCAUCUACAUCCUGCUCAACAAGCAGUUCCGAAACUGUAUGAUCACCACCGUGUGCUGCGGCAAGAACCCGUUCGGUGACGACGACGAUGCCGGGGCCAGUGGCCAUUCCAAAACCCAGACGUCGUCCGUCGCCUCCAAUCAGGUGGUCCCUGCAUGAGCUCCACAAGCGGAACUCUCUCACAACCGAAAUAUUCAUGACCGGUGUAAUAGAAAGAAACUUAACUUCAAUUAUUUUAUUGGAUUCCAUGUUCAAAUUAAAACACUCGCAUGAAAAAAAAAAAAAAAAAAAAUCUAUAUUUAUCCAUUGUUGGUAGCUGACUUGCCCUGCUUCCACUAAGAACGGGGCUGCGAACAGAGAGGAGAGCAAGUUUCCUCACUUAGCCAUUUGGUUGCUAUAUUUAGCGCCUCUCCGACCACUCUAGUGACUAGUUUUUCAAAAAGCCAACUUGUGAGGUUCAUUCCUGCUAAAAGAACAAAAAACAAACAAACAAAAAAAAAGCAAACAGACAACAUGAGCAGAAUUGUUUCAAAAGCAAGGCCCAACCGACCAUUUAUCAACCAAUCAUUUAUCCACAUGUUGAGAACGUUUGACCCCGAGGUACGUGCUUCCGAUUUUCGUGUCCCUCAACUAGAUAGUUCCCUCAAAUGUCCACUAAAAAUAGUCCAUUCGUCAUUUCCUUACUACCGAUUCGCUAUGAAGGAACACGUCAAGCAAAUGGGACAAUUUGAUGUGCUUCUCGGGUAUUGUAGAGCAGCAGGGAGUCACGAUAAUGAAAUGAACUCCAAUUAAUUGGAUUGUUGUCUGUGUCUCAGCUGAGGGCGGCGAGCUCUUCCCGGGCGACGCGAGUGUAACCAGACGGACGUGAGCACACAGGAUUGUGUGUGUGUGUGUGUGUGUGUGUCAGCAUGUGCAUCAAAGAGAUGGAGAUGUGAUGAUUUGGUGGAUUGUGGAGUCACAUCUUGUGGACUUUUGUCCGAUGUCUUGUAGUAAACGUCUGUCUGGCUUUCCUGUCGUUCACUCUUUUCAUUUUACGAGGCCUCCUAAAAAUGUUCCAGAUGCGCGUUGGAUGGCUCGGGCGGCGAUCGUCGACGGUUAGCGAACGUUGCAAAAUUUCAGUAUUGUGACCAGCGUUGGGAAGAUUGCUUGUACUUGGAAUGUAGCUGGUAACAAUGACAAGGGACCCUGUUGAAAAACGUAAUAUGAGUGUAACUAUUUCAAUGACUUUCACGAAGUAAUGUUACGAAUUUCAUUUGAUUAGAUUGUGAUGACUUGUCUUAAUUUUGAAUGAAUGCAUAAACAGGACCCAACAGAUCACGGGUGUCAAACUGGUGGCCCGGGGGCCAGAUCCGGCCCGCCACGUCAUUUUAUGUGGCCCGCGAGAGUGUGCAUCGACUUUGUGUUUCUUGUUAAAAUACCAUAAUUGCCUUCACUUUUAAGCAUUUAGCAUUUUUUUUUGUUACCAACCCCCCUUUUAAAAUAAAAUUGAUUCAUACUGUAGUUGAACAAACAGAUCUUACUGGCUUCUGAUUUCAAAAGUAAUGUAAAAAAGUAACAAAACAUGACGAAAUGAAAAUACAUAUUUUUUUGUUGCAUUAUAUGUGUACAGCAUGUGGAAAAUCACCAUAUCAUACCAUGUUGACCUAAUGACAAAUGCGUAUAACUUAGACAAUAUCGUGUGAUAUGACAACACAAAUAAGUGGAUGUUCCAUAAAAAGUAAAAACAUUAAUAUGAAACUGUUAAAA